AUGUACCUUUUACCUAAUUGUAUCGACGAUUUGAAAUACAGUGACUUUUGGAAGGACACGGAGGAACCUUCGCUUAAUAAAUUCCUGAAUUUCCGAUUACGCCAAAGUAAUUUGGAAGAUAGUGAAGUGGAGCAUCGUCGGUACAAGGAUGAACUGAAGAGUAUUAGGAAAUACUAUGAUGAAGAAUCUGAAAUUGGGAAGAAACGCGAUAAAAACUCGGCAGAGGUAAAACUUUUCUGGGAAUUACAAGCGAAAAAACAAGAUAUUUUUAAGGAGAUCAGAUUACUUGAGGAGAGAUGCAAGUUACUUGAAAAGGAGCAAACCGAAAUGGAGAACAAAAUGUGCCUUAAACAGACCCAACAUAUUUUGGAUGCGACGAAGAAGACCGUAGAUCAAGGCAUUUCAUUACAAACAUCAAUUAUAGAAAAAUUUAGGAAACGUGUGCUGGAUGAGCCGUAUGCAUUUUGCGAACCACCAAAAAGGAGAACCAAAGUCACUAAUGAUAUAAUCGCAGAAUCUCAUUCUGAAUCUAAUGAAAAGACAGACAUAACUGAAGAUAGUGAAAUAAUCGCAGAAUCUCAUUCUGAAUCUAAUGAAGAGAUCGAUACAGAAGUGAUUAACAUAACUGAAGAUGAUGCAGAAAUCAAGAGUCUUACCGAGGACGAAGUAGAAAUCCGUAAAAAGUUAUUCAAAAUUCUGGUCGCACGCCAAGAAAAAGACACGAAAGUCGGAAAAGAUUUUUUGACAUCAGUAUCCCUUAACGGUAUUAUAGAUUUAUCAGACGAUGAGACGCACAAACAGAUUAAAAAGUCCUUGAAUAAGGAUCAAAUUUCUUGGCUUGAAGGGGUCCUCCAGAAAAAAAUUUGGAAACCUACUCCGGAAUUUACGGAAUAUAUCAACCAAUUCACGGAAGAAACCUGUACUCGAACCAAUAUUCCAACAAUUGUUCGCAAAUCCUGUGUUACUGGGAGAUUUGAUUCUUUUUAUCACGAAGCGCAUGAUAUUGCCCAGCAUAUACUAACACAUUUUUCUUUACGCUUAGAAGCACCAAUGAGAGUCGAGUACAAAGGCCUCAAUUUAGAAAGAACUUAUGCUAUAGACACAAUAAUUUACAUUUUAAAUAGGUUAUUUAGGAUGUACCAAGACGAGUUGGAUGUUGCUUGGAUUGAACAAGUUACUCCAGAUACAAAAAAACAUAAAUUCGAUGGGUUAUAUAAAGUUAUUAGCACAAGAGGCAAAGGUCAAACUAUCGUCAUUAUUGAAUUUUCACGUGGAAGAACAACUCCCAUGUCCAAGAGAGAUGGUGAUUCGCUUAAGCUUUGUCGAAACGCUAUGAGAACCUUAAAUGUAUUGUUAGGAAAGGUACCCAAGGAGCGUGCACGCAUCUACUUAGUGCAGUCAUUUGACGGAUUUGUUGAAAUUAAGUAUUUAAUUCGACCACUGCCAAAAAUCUACAUGCUACAACAAUUCGGGCGCAUCAAAAUACCUGUCACCUUUAGUGAUUUCGAACAGUUUUCAAGGGACAUAAUAUGUUUGAUGGAUUGGCAGACAGAUGUCUUGUCAACAGCCAGAGCAAUAAAUAAAGCAACCACUAAUGUUAUGGUAGAUAAUAAUAAUAUUUGCAUAACUUCGGUAGACGACACUCCACAAAAGAAAAAAGAUAAAAACCAAUCCUUACCGAAAUCUCCGUCUCCCGAUUCCUCAUGUCCCAGUUCUCCAUCUCCCGGUUCCACUUCGACGAGUCGCGAUUUGAUGCGUCAUCUGGAUUCACCACUUCAUGAGAAAAUCGAUCUAAAUGAUUUAGAUAAUACACUAUUUAGAUCAACAAAUUCAAAAAAAUGA